GGGAGCAAAGUGAACGGAAUUCCGGGAUUGGGAGAAAAUGAAAAGAUUUUGCGGAGUCCAUCAACACCAGCUUGUCCUGCUAUUGGCUGCUGCCAUGGCGACGGCCCUUGAUUCUUCACACAACCUGGCCAAUGAGAGGAGUUCGAUUGAAAGCACCUACGAGCUGACCAAGUACCUGGAGUACCAGCUCAAAGAAAUCAAAGACAUAUAUCUGACCUACCUAGGCCCUCCAUUCAACGAGAAGGACUUCUCCCCCCCCCGUCCCAACAGCACCGCUCUGACCCUGCCCAGCGCAGCCACCCGCCUGGAGCUGUGGCACGGCCUCGAGAACCAGGCCCGGCUGGCCCAGAACCAGAGGGCUUACUCUGUGCUACUGGCAGCCGUCAGGGAGCUGGCCCGCUCCACCCUCUGCCCCUCCCUCAAGACCUCCCUGCUGCACUUUUGCACCGGCCUGGAUGGUCUGCUGGGCUCCAUAUCUGCACUGAUGACCACCCUCGGUUACGCACUACCUCCUUCGUCUGCAAACAUGGAUAGUAACGCUGGAGAGCUGGGGCUCCCUCAGAGGGGGGGCUCCCGACCUGCUCCACUGAUGAGCCAGAGCCUCUACAGGUCCAGAGUCGGGACCAGGACAGAGUCUAGUCGUGGGAACAACCAGAGAAGAAGCGGGACAAGAGCGGUGACAGCAGAGAGGGAGGAUGGCGUCACCGUAGACCUGGUGGAGAAAAGGAGAAGCAAAGAGGGGAGGAGAGCAGAGACGACCGCCGCUGGAGGAAGAAGCGGUGGAUCAAGGGAGAGGGGAAGAGGAGAAAGAGGAAGGAGAGGGAGGAGGGAAGAGCCGGAGAACGGGAAAAGGAUGGACAGUGAGGAAGUGAGAGCAGGGGAAAGCGACGAGGUGGAGCGGGACGGAGGUGAGGAGAGAUGGGGGACGAGAAGGUUGCUGAGUGUCAAUGAGGAUGGAGAGGACUGGAAGUCUGAACCCAGGGGGGAAGAGUCGCCUGGCACAGAAAACACCGACCAUCAAUACAGCUACAACAUGAACUCUCCUCACAUGGACACACUCAGGAAGGAGGAUGGCUUUAUUGUAGAGAGAAGCAGAGGAGCAACGGCGGAGGAGGAGAAGCAAACACACAUGGAGGCUAUCUCGUACUCCUCCACUAUCCAUCAUCAGCGUCGGCCUCCUCGCUCUCUCCUCUCCCCCUCCCUCCAACCUCCCCUGUCCACCCUCUCCUUGCUCUACCAGUUCGGAGCGGGUGAGGAGCACACCCUCCUCUCCCAGCCUGUCCCUCUCUCGUUACAAAGGGGCACCUCCCUCCUCUCGCCUCCUCUGACCCCGCUCCUUUCCUCCACCUCCUCCGCCUCCGCUUCCCUCUUGUCGGUGCGGCCCACGAUGAACGACUUUGCCAGGAAGGUGGAGGGGUUUUGGAUAUUGAGAGAGCUGCAGAGUUGGUUGUGGCGGUCGGCGAAGGACUUUAACCGCCUCAAGAAGAGACUCAGAGGCUGAGACAAUGAGACACAGAAGUGCAGUACAUUAAGACAUCUGUUGUUUGCCCAACAUCUGA